AUGAUGAAGCAAAACAUUGGACGGAGCGAAUUUUCACAAUUUCCCAAUUUAUCCCAAGUAAACUGCCAAGAAGACGAUGUUCCAGUCUAUGUGCAUCAUUUGAAUGCACUCUACUCAGAUUUUGAAACGAGAUUCGAAGAUAUUUUGACGCUAGUAAAACCACAAUGGAUUAUUAAUCCUUAUGGUGAUAUUGAGGAGACGGAUAUCUCAUUACAAGAAGAAUUAAUUGGAAUAAGUACAAACGAAGAACUUAAGGUAGAGUUCAGAAAGGGUUAUCAACAAUUUUGGCUUCAGAAAGACAUACCUGCUACAUAUCCCGGAGUGUGGAAUAUCACGAGAAAGUUUUUAAUUGCCUUUCCGUCUUCAUAUCUCGUAGAAAGAGGUUUCAGUGCAGUUACUAAUCUUAUUACAAAAAAAAGAAACAAACUGGACACAGUAAACCGAGGAGAUUUGAGAUUAAAUGUUACUAAAUUGAAGCCAAAUGUUGAUAAUUUGUUAUUAAAGCAUCAAGUUCAUCCCUCGCAUUGA